UAUCCUACUUCGUCUGCACCCCCAUCCGCUGCUCUUUCUCUCUCUCUCUCCCUCCCUCUCUAUUCGAUUUUCUUUCUCUAAUAGCCAAACCCUAACCCUAAUCAGUUGUUUUCGAUCUAAUAAACUUCAAGUUUUGCCCCCUUUUUAAUUAUUCUUGGUCUUUUAAUUACUGAUGCACUGAACUCCAAUGCGAGGCAGGCAUCGAUCUGGUGCGUGGAGCUUAGAGUUAUCAAUCUGGAGCGUCGACGAUGGACGUUUUGAAGGAGAAUUUGGCGGAGGUAGAGAUUGGGAACACCGUGGAGUCGCUUCAAAAUUUCAUAGACUUGCAGAGGGAGCUCUUCCACAGCCAGAUCGAUCAGCUUCAAAACAUCGUCGUUACACAAUGCAAACUUACAGGCGUCAACCCUCUCGCCCAGGAAAUGGCAGCUGGUGCUUUGUCAAUAAAAAUUGGAAAACGACCGAGAGAUUUGCUAAACCCUAAGGCUGUAAAGUAUAUGCAAGCUGUUUUUUCCAUUAAAGAUGCGAUUAGUAAGAAAGAAUCUCGUGAGAUUAGUGCUCUAUUUGGUGUUACACUCACGCAGGUGCGCGAUUUUUUUGCUAGCCAACGCACUAGAGUAAGAAAGCAAGUUCGGCUGUCGAGGGAGAAAGCUGUAAGAUCUAAUGCAUGCAAAGAAACAGAAGAAGGGGUGGUUCUAAGUGAGUCUGAUGCCAUGAUACCUGUUGAGCCAGUUCCCUUAAACUCUGUUGGCCCUGUUAAUGCCGAAGAAGCACCAUCUUGCUCAACACUGGAUGAUGCUCUUACUGGCAUAGAUGAGUUGGAUAAACAUUUUGUCGAAAAUAUAUUCACUAAGAUGCGGAAAGAAGAAACUUUUUCUGGGCAAGUGAAACUAUUGGAGUGGAUCUUGCAGAUACAAAAUCCUUCAGUAUUAUACUGGUUUUUAACUAAAGGUGGUGUUAUGAUUUUAGCAACAUGGUUGAGUCAAGCAGCUGUUGAAGAACAAACUACUGUUCUCUUUAUCAUCCUCAAGGUUCUUUGUCAUUUACCUCUACAAAAAGCUCUCCCUGAACAAAUGUCAGCCAUACUGCAAAGUGUGAACAAGCUGUGUUUGUACAGGUUUUCAGACAUAUCACACAGGGCAAGGCUUUUGAUAUCACGGUGGAGCAAGAUGUUUGCAAGAAGCCAAGCCGCGAAGAAACCUAAUGGUUUGAAGUCAUCUGCUGAUGCGCAGAAUGAGUUGUUACUGAAGCAGAGUAUCAGUGAAAUUAUGGGUGAUGAACCGUGGCAGUCAAAUGUUGACAAUUCUGAAGAGAUUCUUGCUACUUCUAAUGUCAGGAAAUUGGAGUCUCCACAAGUUCUGAAACUGCUGCCGGCAUCCAUGGAUGACUCCACAAAGAAGAACAUCCUUGGUGUAUCUGGUUCCCAUAGCAGGGAACGCAGGAAGGUUCAGUUAGUGGAACAGCCAGGGCAAAAGAUGGCUGGCAAAAGCUCACAGACAACAAGAACAGUACCUAUCAGCCAAAGUCGCCCCAUGUCCGCUGAUGAUAUCCAAAAAGCAAAAAUGCGUGCUCUAUAUAUGCAGAGUAAAUAUGGAAAACCGGGUUCCUCCUCUAAUGGAAUGAAUGAAGCAAAGAGUGAAGGUCUAAACAAACCUUCAACUUCUCAGGCCAGCUUUUCUCCACCAGUUUCUAAAGUUCAUGUCCGGCCUGCUGAAGAACAAAAGAAACCUGUAAUACUUCCCCCUAAAACUUCUAACAGGCUGGGAACUUCUCUUGAUCCAAAACAGAAUAUGGAUUCAAAGGAGCCUCCAUGGGAGAAAUGCCAGAAGGUCAAAAUCCCAUGGCACACACCACCAGAAGUAAAACUCAACGAGCUUUGGAGAGUUGGUGCUGGUGAGAAUAGCAAAGAGGUUGAUGUGCAGAAAAACAGAAACCGUAGAGAGAGGGAAACAUUCUAUUACACAAUCCAGGAGAUACCAUCAAACCCCAAGGAACCGUGGGACCGAGAAAUGGAUUAUGAUGACACGCUGACCCCAGAAAUCCCAACUGAACAGCCACCUGAUACUGACUCUACUGAAACACAGGUUACCCAUGGUGAACAUGUAAAUAGUGCAGCCACUUUGGCACCUUCUUCCUCCCACAUAGGUGGUGGCGUUGCAGCUGAACCAGAUCUUGAGUUGUUAGCUGUACUGCUGAAAAACCCGGCUUUGGUUUUUGCCUUGACUUCUGGCCAAGCUGGUAACUUGACAAGUGAAGAAACAGUGAAGCUGCUAGACAUGAUUAAGGCUGGUGGGGCUGGUAAUUCAAAUAAUAUUGGUAAAAACGUGGAAGAGAAGGUUGAAGUGUCUCUUCCAUCCCCAACUCCAUCGAGCAAUCCUGGAACGGGUGGAUGGAAACCGGAGGCAGUCAGGAACCCCUUUUCACAGCAAAGUCAAAUUGGAAACACAGUUGCCCAAGCUUCUCUUGGAGUUGGCACCACCACUCCUGUUGCGGAAAGGCUUCCUGCUACUAGCAUGGCGGCGCCACAGCAAGACGCAAAUGGCCAAUUAUUAGCCCAACAGCUUGCAGCGGCCAUAGCACAGUUGUUGCCUCAAUCAAGCGCCAUGACUCCUGAAAAGCGACAGUCUCCUAAUGUUGCUUUUUCACACCAUGGUCAUCCAUCUAAUUCUCCAGCUAUGCAACCACCGGCUUCCGAGAUAGCCUUAACCUUGAAAAAUCUACCCAUUGCUAACUCUUCCUUAACAAACUUGUCAGCUGCAGCUGGUCCCUCAUUGCGGGUUGAAACCUUGACUAAUGUGAAACCUGCACCAAUCUCCAUGACACCAAACGCACCAGAAAAACUGCAUUCUUCAUUUUCUAUUUCUCCCUUGAUGCCAACACUGUCACGGCCGCAAACACCACCACAUCUACGGCCACAACUACCCCAAGUAACUGAUCCUCCUCUUCAUACGCAUCUAUAUUCAUCGAGGCCCCCAGUGGGAAACAUAGGUCCAAUGUCUGAUCCUUGGAGGGCGAGGCAGAGUUUGGCUUCUAAUCCUCUUUCUCAGGCUAAUCAAACCAAUUAUAAUGCAUCGUUUGGAGGAUCUGUGCAGCCUCAGUCGCGGUCAGGUCCUCCUUGGGAAGGAAAUGAGUAUGUGGGGCAUGACGGGUUUGAGUCAUGGAGUCCAGAGAAUAGUCCAAAUAGGUUUUCAGAGUAUGUGCCAGGAAGGAACUACCUGGAACCCAGAAUGAAUUCCGGUUGGAGUUAUAGACCUGACAGGUCAUGGCAACGGAGUACUCCUGGUUACAGGGACCAGAACAGAGAGGGAAAUAGAAGAUGGCGUGAUAGAAGAUGACGAGACUUGCUCUGCCAUUGUUACCUUGGUUGGAAAUGCCGGCCUGUCCAUACACAGUGAGUGUUCUAUAGUAGUAAUAAAAUUUUUUGGUGGGUAGAGGUGGAAAAUGGAAGGCAAUGGGACAAGCGGAACGUUAUAUAUACUGGACAUUACAAAUGCAAUUGCAGCUUUUUGGAUA